AUGGUGCAUCCUUACAAGGCCAUAUCUACUGGUGAUGCUUUAGCUGCAAUUCGGGACCGAGUUGAAAGAGGUCCCAUUAAGCUGACCCCAAUUGAAGAGCAUUACUUUAAGAAAUCAUUACUUAAAAAUGAAAUUCUCUCAGAAAUGAAUUCAAUGUCUCCAGAUUACAAUGAUACUUCAGGCUUACGUAGAUUCGGUCCGCCUUUUGUUCCAGCCGAUCCUCGGUAUUUGUUGCAAACAUCUGAUCAUUCAAUGCUAGAUCAAAUUUACACGAUGUCUGAAGCAAGUAUUGAAGUGUUUAGGAACCAAUUCCCAAUCCUUCGAUUCAUCUUCGAAAACUUCAUUAUUACUUUCCCUUUCAUUAAAAUCCAUUUACAAAAAUUAGGAGAUAGUGUGAUGGAUCAGUCCAAAUUCUGGUUGAAGAUCCAGAUAUUAUUUGAAUUAUUCAAGAGUAAAAGAAUUAGUAAUAGUAAUGAUAGAGGUACUACAAGCAAACGGAAGCUUCUAUUGUACAAAAUACAGGCAUUGUUUCUUGGCUUUUUCAAUUCUUCAAUUUAUGCCAUCCAAGACCCACAAUAUUUUGAAAUGGAUAAGGAACGAAGAGGUGCAUUGAAGAAACUAAAUAAAUUCGUUGAUACCGCCGAAGCAGAGACUAUGAAAAAAGGCGACUUGGGGAAGGAAGACCUCAACAAAUCCGAUGUUUUCUUAGAUAUGAGUGUUUCAUCAGAGGCAUUAUUGAACCAUUUAUCCGAUGUUGAGGAUGAUGAUUAUGUGAAUGGCUGGCAUGUUAAUGUUAUUGGAGUUUCUGUGGAAAACGAGACGAAGAAUACAUUCUGGGGUACAACUGAUGCAAAGUAUUACUGCUUUAUUGUUUAUGUGAAGCCCGAAGGUGGAAAGGGCUGGUUCAUAAAAAGAAGAUACUCGGAAUUUGCCAAGUUACAUGACCACUUGAAGAAAGAAAAUCCUGCAUGUCAUGUACCCGACUUACCUUCUAAAGAUAAGCAAUCAGUGGAAAUGAAUUUGAGUGAAAGUUUAGAUGAUAAGAAGAUUGACGCUAAUAGAUUAGUGGAUUUCGGUGAGAAUGCCAUUAUUGAUGAUGAAUUCAAUGAUAUUGAUGAAGAAAGUGUCGAAGCAUUAUUUGUCCAUGAAAGUCUACCAUCUCCAACAGCAAGUGUCAUGUCAAAUGGUUCUGGUUCUAACUCAGGCUCCACAAAAACACCAAAGGUUGGAUUUGGAGGGUUUUCUAAACCUAGUUUCCUGAAGUCUCCUAAAGGUUCACCUCGUAUGGAGAAGUCUAUUUUUAACGCUUUCAAAAAACACGAUAAUUCCACUUCGAAGAGUAAACCAAUGUCUCUAGCGCCUAAUUUAUCAUCACAUCAACGUACCGAUUCCGUGAAUAGCAACAAUUCGCAGCUUUCUGAUGGAUCAAUUGUAUCAUCAACAGAUGAUGCAACCUUUCAUUCUGUAAAUACAAGCUCUUCUAAAGUGAGCAAAAAGGGAAAUAUAGUGUUCCCACGUGAAAUUUUAAGACAGUCGUUGCGUGGAUUCUUGAAAUUUGUUAUACAUAAUAAAAAAUUGGCAAAAAGCAAAGAAUUAUAUGAGUUCCUUAAUGAAAAUCAUAUUCAGCUCACAGAUAGUGAUUUGACGGAUGCGCAGAAUCGCUUACAUCUAGAUCAUUUACGUACAGUUCAGCAUGUAAAAUUUCAAAGUGCAUUGAUUGGCAUCGUUAAAGUACUAGAGAAGGACGUUGAGAGUUUUAAAGAAGAAAUCUAUAACGGCGGUUUUAGUUAUGUUUUCGAUAAUAUCCAGAAAUAUGGAACAUUACAUGAACUUUGUGGAUACAGUCAUACCGAUUUGGAAAGAGUUACUUGGUUAAGUGCUAUUGGUGACGAUAUAACAACGGAUCCUGCGGCAGCACCCCUAAGAGGAUUGGUACGUAUACUAAUGCUAGAAAUAGCAAGUACACAAUAUGAAUUACUAAUAGGGAGUGACUCAGCAGCAAGUACAUUGAAAACUAUAAGAAGACUACACUCUAUGUUUCCUUACAGAUUAGUUGCCGGAGUUUUAAGAUUCACCAAUCCAUUGAUGAUGGUCAAAAGAAUGAUUGAUGUGUUUACAUAUCAAAUGCCAAGUGUAUCUAAUGGGAUGAAUGGUAUUGGUGAUGGAUUAAACGGUAUGAUGUCCGGCUUAGGUUUAGGAUGGAAGAAAGAUGAAAGGAAGGAGACUAAGAAGGCAGUUAACAAGUCGCUCUUCCAGAUGAUUUUCUCUAGUAUGUUAGGAGAUGAUAUCAAGAAGUUAGAGAAUGAGAAGUCUGAGGUUAAAAGUAUGUUAAAGGAAAGCCAUGAUGGCGAGACUAUCAUGCAACGGAUAGAUAAGUACUUUCAAAGCAAUGACGAAACUGUCUUACAUAUCAAGAAAAUGAGUUUGAAGAUGGGCAUUGACAUAAGUGUUGCAAUAAUGAUGCCAAACAAUGGAUUACAAGGAUGUGCAGAUCUUGGAACCACGGAUCUCUAUCAAAUUAUAAGAGAGUAUGGUAAGGAAAAAAGGCACAGUCAACUAGAAGAUGAAGAGGAAGACGAGGAUGAAGAAGGAGGAAAUGGGAAACUUGCGGCUUCGGCUUCAUUGUAUAAACUGUUACUAAGAUACUUUCAUAUUCAGUUGAGAUUGUUUGACAAGGAGAGUAUGAUUGAAUUAAUCAACGAACCCGAGCUGAUGAGUGUUGUUAAGGAGAUGAUAUCACUUUUACUUUCACCCUUGAUUGAUCUGUUCAAGAAGGCCGAAGUUUACAAGUAUGUCCCAAUUUUUGCCAAGUAUAUGGGGGAACUUCUAAACUUAUGCGAGCGGUACAGUGCGGACUACGGUGAGUUUGAGCGCAGUGAUGUAGUUAGUUCCUUAGUUGGAUUGGAGGAGAAAUACAGUGAAUAUUGCUAUAAGUUUGUGCGUGACUUGUACCUGAACGAUAUUGAACGGGGAUACGGCAAAAGCAAGAGAGAAGACAGGUUAUUUGAAGGUCUAGUUGAAUGGCUAAACAAAGUUGUUGCGUUUCUACGUUAUGUGAAGAAGGACAAACCCGAACUAAUGAUUGAUCUGAGCAAGAUGAUCAAUGGAUUGGACCUCGAUGUAGCCGAGAAGGUCAAACUACUUGCGGCAAUCGAGGAGUGUGUCAAGAGUGCCGAGAGAAAGCGGGUGCUUAUGGAGAAGAUGGAGCUACAGGGUAAGCUAGAAGGGGAAGAUGCCGUUACUGGCAAAGGGGAAGCAGAAAAAGAUUGGACUAGGAUGAUCAGGGACAAAAAGGUGGACGAACAAUGGGACGCCAUCCACGGGCGUAUACUACAGAUGGGGGAGAAAGUCACUGAGGGGGAAGGCGAUUCUGGGUUUGGCAUUUUCAAGAGCAUAGAAGUUGAUGAAUACGAUGAUGCAGACGCUGAAGAAAACAGUGCUACCACUUUGGAAGCGUGCCACUACAACGAGAAAGCCUUUCUUUCCCACUACAAUGCAAAUCUGUCCUCCAUUUUCAACCGCAAUGCGCCACCGUCGCAGCUCUAUGACGAACACAUGUUCGCGCCCGCCGUUUGUGGCGCAUUUAUGGAAGAAAUAUCUCCAAUAUUUUCCUCCUUUUCAUGCUGA